GAGCUCUCGCCCACAGAGCAAGAGGUCAUAGACGAAUAUGUGCGACUUGCGGAUAACAUGAAGAAGCUGGCCUCUAUCCUCGACACCAUGGCAGCCCAGCCCACGACCGAGAUCCUCGACGGCCUGCGCGAACUCGAGCGCAAGACAAGCUUGGUCUUCACGCUUCUCAAGACGAGCGUCUACAGCAUUGUGUUGCAGCAAGAGUUGGAUUGGGGCAACCAAGCGCAGCAAUGA